AGGUUUGGUCAAAGCAGCAGGACACAGCUUAUUCAUUUGAAUUACUACACUUGAGUUGUCAUCUCGUAACACCUAAUACAACACUUUUUGUGACAAGAAGCAGAACAAGUCCACUAGAGUCCAGUGCAUUGCUGUUGAACUGCCUCGUUGUUAUUAGUCAAAAACCACAGGAAGACGUAGUCAAUAUAGAGCAGCAUUGACCUGCGAUUAAAAGUAGGUGAAAGGGCAGUGUCACAGAUGGUUUUUAAGAUAAGGGGGUCGUUGGGAUUAGGACAAGAGAAGUCAAAAGAUGUGUCCUUUUCAAAUCUUUCCACUUGACUCUUUCUUUCUUAAAAACACCCCACCAUAAGAGAAUUAAUCUACCACGAACAGAGACUAAAUCAAAAGACGAUGAUUAGAGCCCUGAGCACGAGGAAGGAUCGAGGUGGCUACAAGAAGCUCGGCGAGGAAGAAGCAGGAGGCGUUGGGCUUUUACAAGGGCAACUGCCGAGCGUUCCAGGGGAGGUGAAUAAACCGGUGGAGAAAACCGGCGGUUCGGUUCACCCUCUAUUGACUUUCUUCGAUGUCCGGUUGCAGAGGAAGAAGAAGCCGAAAAAGAAGAAGAGCACGACGACUGCGAAACCAGAGUUCGCUAGGUACUUGGAGUAUGUCAAAGAAGGAGGCGUUUGGGAUGCCACUUCAAAUGGACCUGUCAUAUAUUAUAGAUAGACUGAUAAUACUGUAAGACCAAACACAAAGGUUGUAUAUAUUUAUUUUCAGUUUUUGAACAAAUAUCUUCGGUUUCAAUAAAAAGAUGAAUACAUCAUCAAUGAGGAAAGCUCGUCAGUAAGGCCAUGAUCUUCUCUCUUUUUUUCUUUUCUUUUCUUUUUCUUGUGUGGAACUGUGUGUGGAUCAAUCCAUGUAUUAAAUUUUCAAGUUCAAUAAGAUAAAUCUCAAUUUAUCACAAAAAUA